AUGGCAGUGAACGUGGCAGUGAAUGCAGACAUGGGUAGCAUUGGGCUACCGAAUCGCUAUGAGCUGCUGGGUUGGCUCAAUGAAACUUUACAGACAGGUUUCACCAGGGUGGAGCAGCUAUGCACAGGUGCAGCCUACUGCCAGCUGAUGGAUUGGUUGUUUCCUCAGUCUCUGGACCUCUCCAGGGUCCGGUUCCAAAGCAAUAACACUGUGGACGUGAUCCACAACUUCAGUUUACUGCAGGCUGCGUUCAGAAAAGUUGGAGUGAUGCGAAACAUCCCCAUCGAGACGCUCAUGAGCAAGAAGCCUGCAGUGGCUCUGGCCUUCCUGCAGUGGUUUAAAGUGUUUUUUGACGAGAACAACACGGAGGGCAGAGAGUACCAUGCUUUGGAGGCCAGAGGUGGACAGAAUAUGGUCCCUGCUAACUCAGAUAGUCAUCCCCCUCAGACGCCUCCUCAGAAACUGGAGAUUAUUGUGAAGAUGAAGAGCAAAAAAGUGGAAGAACCAAGACAAGAAAAACCCACAGAGAGUUUGAAGAAAAAAGCAGAUGUGAUCGUAGUCAUAUCCGAUGACGACGAUGUGAUUGAUAUGACGGCUGCGACUGUGAAGCAAACAGAGAAAAUGGAGACAGAUGUGAAAGAAGAGGCGCAGGGGACAAAGGUGGAGCAAGCAGAAGCAGCAACAGAGAAAGGAAACGAAAAGAGCAGUGACACAUUGUCGGACUUCAUCAGACGAUACUGUCGCGACACAAACUUAAAUACGAGUACAGACGCUGAGGUUUCUGCCAUCUUGAGUCCAGCCCACCCCGCGGACCUCAUUGAGAACUGCUUAAGCUCGCCGUACUGUCUAUAUCUGUUUAUGGGCGUGGAGCUGGAUGGAAGACAGAGCAGGAGCGUCGUCCUGGUUGGCUACCUCGACCAGCCGUCAGGGGUCGGCGUGGUGAGGCCGCUGCUCACGCUGCAGAUGAGCUCAGAUGCUGUUGAGUCACAAACCACAGCGCACACAAACACAACCACAGACACACACACAGCAGAUACAGACGCACGCCUUCUGAUUAAGACACUGAAGGAAUGCGGCCUCUCUCUCAUCAACCUGGCUGUGUUUUACUGUGACUCUCCACACCUAAGCGUGUGCCAGGUGUUUGUGUCGCGGCUGCAGGCUUUCAGCCCUCGGUUAGUAUCACUCUGUGGCCUCCCUGGUGUGGCAGGAAGAGCCUGCCACGCCGGACUCUUGGCUUCCUUUAGUAGCGUGGUUGACCUGGUUAGAGACGUCCACGAUCACUUCCUCACCUGCUCCUCUGUCAGUGGCGAUCUGAAAGAGCUAUUUGUUGAUGCAGAGUCUUAUAAUCCAUCCAAACCUAUUUCUGCACAGUGUUUGUUUUUCAUCCGCUUUGUGCAGAGGAUGGUCAGCAACUGGAGGCUUAUCACACUCCACUUUAGGUCACUGAGUGAAGCAGAGGAUGCCCCCCAGAUCAGAACCAAGCUCAUGGAUCAUAAAGUCAAACUGCGCCUCAUAUUCCUCUCCCACAUUCUGGAGCCGCUCCGAGCUCUCCAACAGCUGCAGCAGAGCAGCACAGCGGCCGUGGCCGUGGAGCUCCAGCUGACCGCCAUGCUGGUUCACUCCUAUGCAGCCAGUCUCUUCCGGCCCACUGCCGCCGAGCGCUUUCUAAGGAAGAGAGACCCAAACCUCCUCCAAAGUACCACAGAGUUUCUCCCCGUAUCAGAAGUGCAAGUGGGUGCUCGUGCCAGGGAAUUCCUGUGGGCCACUGCUGUUGUGGAUCUGGGAGAACAAGAGAGAAGAGACUUCCUGAUGGAUGCAGCAGCUUUCUAUAAAGCAGCGCUGCAGAGAUUAGUGGAGAGUCUUCCUCAGCAUCUUGGAGAGUUGGCGCUGAAGAAUAUCGUCCGAGUGCUGAAACAUCCCGAAAAUGUCACUAGUAAUAAAUUGCCCAGGCCUGCGCUGUUAGAGCUGGGGGAUCAGCUGGGGCUUCAUCUGAGCGUGUGUAACGCUGGGUUCCCAGAAAGACAAAGACAAAGACUGGCUAGUGAUUAUAUUGAUUUCGUCAAGACAGUAAAGCAGGAACAACGUCACUGCUGGGCAAAGAUGUUGCUUGCCACGAGGCCGCACUCUGCUCUGCGUAGACUCUUCCUGACCCUCAUGGCCCUGCCAGGCUCUCUCUGCAGGACGCAGGUGUUUGCUAAGGUUUUCAACAAGGCUCUUCCUAAAAGCCAGGAAACACCGAAAGCACCAGAUCAAGCAUCAAGUUGGGAAGGAAUACCUUGCAUCAAGAAAAUACGGACACAUCCCCAGAAAGAUCAUAGUGGCAAGAAGAAAAAACUACAGGAAGGAGUGAAGAAAGACGAGACUUCAUCAGAUGAGGAUGACGGUAUUAAGGCCAAACCCAAUCUACAUUUUCCUUCUAAAAGCCCCAGCAGCAUUGAGGACUCCGAAAAAACAGACAAUUCCUCUGAUGUGGUCGAUGUCACUGAAGAGUCCAAACUAAGUCGAACCGGCAGACUGUUGUUAACAGAAAGUAAAAAAACUCUCCAGGAUAAGCAUGUGGUCGUCGUGAGCGAUGAUGAUGAUGAUGAUGACAUUGUGGAAUAUAAAAGCGCACCAUCCAAAUCUGCAGAAUUGCUGCAUGAGGUGGGUGAGCUGGUCUGGGGUCAGGUGGAGGGCUUCUCUACCUGGCCAGCUAUCAUCAUACCUCGCUGGGAAGAGAAUCCAGAUCCAAAGACGAGGAUGGUGGACUGGUAUGGACAGAACAUGUCCUCUGAGGUCACUUUGCAGGCUCUGAAACCAUUCGCUGCUUUUGCCCAGAACUACUGUCCCAAGUCAUUCGCUAUCCUCGUCACCUACAGAGAAGCCAUAUUCUUGUCCCUGCAGGAGGCAGCUGUACGUUGUAAGAAGCAGUUUUCUACCCGUCCCGAGGACAGAGAUGAGAUGCUGAAACUGAUGUUGGACUGGGCCUUUGGAGGUUUUCUACCCAUUGGACCAGUUGGACUCAAACCAUCGGCUGCCACACACGGUGUUACUAAAACAAACAACAGACCAAAGGUGCGGCAGAAACUCUUUGUGAAGGUCACCUCCUCUUCGUCAUUCAGCUCCUCCAGCAAGAGCAACAUCAUCAGCACCGAGCCAAAAGAAACUCCCGUCUGUGCUACCAAACUGACAUGCAACUCCAUGGAGAAGUCCUCCCCCAGAGGUGGAAAAAGAUGGGAAACAUGGGACGAAGGGUCUGAUUUUGCAGAAAACAGUCCUAAAAGAGUCCUGAAGGAGAAGGGAUCCAGAGGAGGAUGGGAUGGAGAGAGAGAUGACUGGGAAGGAGGGUGGGAGAAGGUGAAAGGAGUGGGGAGAGGAAGGGGCAGGGGAGGGAAAGUUCAGAGGAAGAAAAUUAGUCCGUUUGAUGGAUUCGAUAACGACAUGUCACCAGACUUUGUGCCGUGCAAGAAGAGGACCUACAACAAAAAUUACACAAAGGUCCAUGAGACCAUCAGCACUUACUCCCAGCCGGACCAAAAACUCAGAGAGGAGACCAUUCGCAGGAUCAUGGACAUGAAGCUGGACAUAGACGACUUCUGUUUGUGUUGUGGAACCGAGAACAUUGUCAUACGCCACCCUCUGUUUAAAGGCAGCCUCUGCCUGGAGUGUAAAAAUAACUUGACAGAAACGCUGUAUCGUUACGAUGAAGACGGAUAUCAGUCCUACUGCACCAUCUGCUGCUACGGCAUGGAGGUCAUACUGUGUGGCAACGACAGCUGCUGCAGAUCUUACUGCGCAGACUGUCUGAACAUCCUCGUCAGUUCGGGGACGUUUGAGACUUUGAAGCUUCUCGACCCGUGGAACUGCUACUUGUGUCAGCCUCAUCAGACUCACGGUGCUCUGAUUCCCAGAGAGGACUGGAGCAUUCUGGUUCAGGAGUUAUUCGCCAACAACAGCGCCAUGGAGUUUGAGCCUCACCGUGUUUAUCCGUCCAUCUCUGCAAACCUGCGCAGACCAGUCCGAGUUCUCUCACUGUUUGACGGCAUAGCAACAGGCUACCUGGUGUUGAAGGAUCUCGGCUUCAAAGUUGAGAAAUAUGUUGCCUCGGAGGUUUGUGAGGAUUCAAUCGCUGUGGCGGAAGUUAACCAUGAUGGGAGGAUCAUCCAUGUUGGUGACGCCCGGUACAUCACGCAGGAACAUAUCGAGCAGUGGGGUCCGUUUGAUUUGCUGAUCGGCGGCAGCCCCUGUAACGACCUCUCCAUCGUCAACCCGUUCAGAAAAGGCCUCUAUGAGGGCACCGGCAGGCUGUUCUUUGAGUUCUACCGCAUCCUUCAGCUGCUGAAACCCAAAGAGGAAGACCCCCGGCCUUUCUUCUGGCUGUUUGAGAACGUCGUCUUCAUGAACACACAUGACAAAGUCAACAUCUGUCGCUUCCUCGAGUGCAACCCGGUGCUGGUGGACGCAGUCAAAGUCAGCCCUGCUCACCGAGCGCGAUGCUUCUGGGGAAACAUCCCGGGGAUGAGCAGGCCCAUCAUAGCGUCCCAAAACGACAAGCUGAAUCUCCAGGACUGUUUAGAAAUCGGCAGAGAAGCCAGGGUGACCAAAGUGAGGACGAUCACCACCAACCCAAACUCUCUGAAGCAGGGCAAAAAUGUCUCUCUGCUGCCUGUCCUCCACUACGGCAAAGAAGACAACCUCUGGAUCACUGAACUAGAAAGGAUCUUUGGUUUCCCCAAACAUUACACGGACGUGAGGAACAUGAACCGGCAGCAGAGGCAGAAGGUUUUGGGGAAGGCGUGGAGCGUUCCCGUCAUCCGUCACCUCUUCGCCCCCCUGAAGGAUUUUGCCUGUGAGGAACUUCCUCCUUUGACCUCGUCCACCACCUCUACCAACUCGUACUCCUCCACCUCCCCGUCCUCACCUGCGUCUCCAGAACUGCAGCAGCUGAGAUAG